AUGUAUUAUACUGAUUUGAGAAAUGUUAAUGAAACGGCUAUAAAUACUUUUACAAAAUAUUCAACAAAACAUGAAAAUGAAAAUAAAAAUAUUUAUGGAGUUAUUAAAGGUUUUAAUAUAUGGGAUAAAGUUGUUUUUGAUUAUAUAAAACCAAUUAAUAAAUUUGAGGAAUGUAAUGUAACAUAUAAAAAUGAUUUUUAUAUACUUAAAGAUGGUAUACUUUCAUUAAAAAAUAUUAAAUCAAAUACUAAUUGUUUUUAUAGUUGUAAAUACUAUAAAAAUGAUUUUGAAAAUAUUGAAAGUCCUUUAACAAAAAUUACUUCUUCUAUAUUAUUAGAUUGUGAUGUUGUAUAUAUAAAAUGUAAAGAUAAUAAUGGUAAUAUUGUUUUUGAAGAUGUUGAUUUUCAUGCUAGAAAAAUUAAAAAUUUUUCUAAAGUCAAAAAAAAUUUUUUUUAUCCUAAUUUUAAAAUUCCUAUGAUGGAUAAAAUGUAUGAUGUUCAUAUACAUGUUAUUGACUCUUUAUCAUACUAUCAAGCAUUAAGAGCAUUAAAUAAAACAAGAAAUUAUCUUAUAAAUAAUCUUAAUGGUAUAGAAAUGGAAUUAUUAAAUAUUGUAGGAUUAAAUUCAAAACCAAAUGGUUAUGCAUUUCUUUUAAAUAAACAAUUUACAAAUGUUUAUGAUCUUUAUAGUUUAAAACCUGUUAAAAAAAAUGAAACUACAGAUGAAUGUGAUCAUGAAAUAGAUAUCAAUACAUAUAUACAAGAAUAUUAUAGUAAAAUGGGUUAUGUAACAUUAAAUGCUGAAGAUUUUAUAAAAGCUGGUGUUUUUACUUGGCCAAAUUGUGUUGGAUUUCCAAAACAAUUUGCUCAUUACUUACUAAGACCAUUCCAAAUUCUUCAAAAUUCUAACAGUAAUAUUAGUAAAAUAAUAGAUGAUUCAAUAAAAAAAAAAUGUUAUCAUAAAGGAUUUCAUAUUUUAAAAUAUAUGGAAGAUUAUUUAAAAAUGAAUAAAAAUAAACCAAAAAUGUCUAUAUUAUGGCAAACUUAUAUACAACAUGAUGAAUUAAAUUCAAUUUUUGCUGCUGAUGAAAUUUUUUUUGAUUAUUUUAAAAGAAAUGAAAAAUUUUUUGAUAAUUCAUUUUAUAUAAUUAUGGGUGAUCAUGGUUAUAGAAGAGGAACAUAUUUAACAACAGAUAUUGCAAGAUUUGAAUAUAAAAAUCCAUAUUUUAUUAUAACAAUACCAAGAGAUUUAAGAUCAAAUCAAAAUUUAAUAAAUAAUUUAAAAGAAAAUUCAAAAAAACAUAUAUCACAUUUUGAUGUAUAUACAACUUUUUUAGAUAUAUUAAUUAAUAUUUCAAAAGAUAACUUUCAAAAUCUUAAUAAACAAGAACAAUUUCCAGUUAUUAAUAAUACAUUAAAAGGAUUAAGUUUAUUAAGACCAUUACCAAUGUUAAAUAGAACAUGUUAUGAUAUGUUUAUACCAUCUCAAUUUUGUUUAGUGGAUGUAAAAUUUAAAAUACUUCCUAAAAUUUAUAAAAAUUUACCUAAAAUAUUAGCUAGAAAUUUUAUUAGAGCUCUUAAUAAUAAAGUAAAUCGUGGUAUAUUAAAAGAAAGAUGUGCUAAAAUGAAAUUAGAUGAUUCUGAACCAUUUAUAGUUAAAGUUUCAAGAUUUAAAAAUUAUGGUAUUGUUUAUAAAAUAGAAGCAGUUACUGUUCCUGGAAAAGCUAGAUAUGAAGCAAUGAUGAAUAGAAAUUUACAAGUAAUUGGACAUGAAAUUAUAAGAUUAAAUGAUUAUCAAAGUCAAUCAGAAAUUUGUAUACCACUAUUAGAUACUAGAAUGUUUUGUUAUUGUAAUAUUCUAUUAAAAAAUAAUACAGAAUAA